AUCACCUCCGACCGAGACAGGAAGACCUUUGGGAACAAGUGGAACAGAAACCGGUGCCGAUAUCGUCUAAAUGUCCAUGAGUUGCAUUCACACGUUGAAUCGAGGAUAACCCCGAAUUAACUUCUGGUCCUCGGCCAGACCAACUGUCUCAAGCGUGGUUACACAUUCAACAAGAAUCUCUCUGUACCCGAAAGCAAAUUCUCCCAACUGUUGACCAGCAGGAUAGGUGAGAGUUUCGCCCCUCCCUGAUCUCUUCCGAACGAGACCAGCUGAGACUUGUGGAACAAUAUGAGGAGAUGAACAGGACCCGGAGCCAAUAUCGACUAAAAUCCCUUGAGUUGUAUUCGGCCCUUGAAUCCAGAACAAUCGCGAAUUCACUUCGGGACUUCUGCCAGACCACCAGUCUCAGGAAUAUGUGCGUCCUCAACCACAUUGGUCUAUCCCCGAAAGCAAAUUAUUCUUUCAACGUUGACCAGCAGGAAAGCUACCUGAGCUCAGAGACGCAGAGAAUACUCGGCAGGAUGGACCGGAACGAGAGUCACAUGAAUGUGAAGUUGGGAAAAACGGACGCACGGUCCCCUUCCCGAGCUGAACCUGAUGUAUCGUACGCUGAACUGAAUUUCAAGACUCGCUCUGCGCCCCGGGUGCGGAAAGAUCGAGGCGAUCUGAACUCCACCUACUCUGAUUUGAACAUUCGGAAAAAGGAAAUCCGCAUCGAUCAGCGUGAAGAUCCUCCCAUUGCCUCGGCACCUGGCGGGUUGUCAACCACUGCACAAACAGCGGCGCAGGAACAGGAGUCGAAAGUGAAGAUCGGAAAUAGACCGUACAGUCUGAUCUGCCUACUCUGCCUAGUUACGUCCGCCCUCAUGGUGGUGGUGGUGGGUCUCUCAAUCCAUGUGUCACAGAUUCGUCAGUCUUACGAAACAUGUCACCGAAAAUCUAAUCUGUCCGAUCUUAAACGAAUGAACAGCGAUCUCCGUCUCCAGUUCACUGAGAUGGAAACGAAGUACAGAUCUGUCAAAGAAGCCAAAGCUCAAAUCUGUGAAUUGCUGAUCAGCAGAAGAGGUGAUGCAUCAUCCCCCUCUUUCACCCGCUCCUCAUCACACGAACCAGACUCAGUGCCAGAGAUCCGGCAGCCGCAGCUUGUCGCAGAGCAAACGUGUUCCAAGGACUGGGUCACAAAUAAAGAUCGGUGUUAUUACGUAUCCACGUUUGAUACCAUUUUCCAAAAAGCGGAGCAAGAAUGUUCAAACCGUGACUCAAGGCUGCUGGAAAUCAAUUCAAGUGAUGAAGCGCGCUUUGUAUCCCACAAUCUUCUGGACAACAAACCUGCUUACUGGACUGAAAAAUGCGAAAACGGGACUGUGGGCCAGAGUCUCCUGUACAAGCCCUCUGGAACGACCGUCUGCAGACGGUGCGGAAGUGGUGACACUUGUGAUGUUCCCGAUCGGCGGUUCAUCUGCGAGAAGUCGGCACCUUUGUUCCCGGAUGUUCCUGAAAAGGUCCAGGGUCUCUGCCAACAGCCAGUGGAGUCGACAUGAAUCAAGUGAAUGCCCCCAUUUUCUCCACCUUCUCUCUCACUCCUAAAUCCUUUCAAAUUCCCUCCCCACACUCUCUGUCCCUCCCUCCUACUCCAUCUCCUCUUGUUGCAAUCAUAUUCUCACCACCAGACCCCGACAAAUCCCUCUCGCCGUCUAUCCCCUUCUCUCUCGCCAUUCCCCCGUCCCGCUCUUCCGCGCUCCCUCUACCUUUCUCUCUACCCCCUCGCCUCCCCUUAUUUCCUCAAACUUUCUCCGCCCACUCUUUCUCUUCUCCCUCUGCACACCUCUUACAUCUCUCUCUCCUUCGCUCCCCCAGACACUCUCUGUCUACCCUCCCCGUUCUCUCUGAACCCUCCGUCUCCCUGAUAUCUCUCUCCCUCUCUCUUUCUGCUUUCAAUUCACUCUAACCUCAAUCCUGUCCCGUCUGGUGCUCGAUAA